UAAACUAUUUUUUUUCAACCGGGUGCGUGCAUCCAAAGAAUUACACCAAAGGAAUUACAAUCCAAUACUCGCAAGGAACAGCCUUUGUGAGUAAAAUUGCAAACAGCACCAUCAAAAAUACAAUGAGAGGCAUACGACAAGGAGUAGGUUUUGCUACGCUGUUUCUGGCACUUCCCAUGACUUUUCAAAUUGUACCAUCAAUGGGUGCAGCCCCAAUAGAUUGCCAGAAGAACCACACUCGUGAUAGAACAUGGUUGCCAUGCCCAGCUAAGAAUUGCGCGGAGCUGUACAAAUCCGGCCAUAGGAUCAGCGGUGUUUACGCAAUCGACCCAGAUGGUUCAGGUGCCUUUAAUGUAUAUUGUGACCAAACAACAGCUGGUGGGGGGUGGGUAGUGUUUCAGAAAAGAGUGGAUGGCUCUGUUGAUUUUAACCGUACCUGGGAUGACUAUAAACAUGGCUUCGGUAACUUUACUGGUCAAUUUUGGCUCGGACUGGACAAGAUAUACCGCCUGACAACAAACAAGACAAAAAACAUACUGCGAAUUGGUCUGGUAAAAGCCACUGGAAAAACUGAUCACGCUGAGUAUGGCUGGUUCGGGAUUGGGAACGAGACAGCUAUGUAUAAGCUGUACAUUGGCAAUGUUACAACAAAUGAAACUGUUUUCUCUGAUUCCCUCGGUCCUCACAGAGAUUUCGUUUUUGGUACCUGGGAUAGGGAUCCUGCCGAUUGCCCUCAAAGAAGAGGCGGUGGCUGGUGGUAUGGUAACAGUAGUGAUUGUGCUGUUUGGUCAAAUCUCAAUGGAAUUUAUCCGCGUGGUAAGAAGGAAAUCAGGGCCAGUAUCUUCUGGGGAAACUUAGAUAAAAGUCCUGAGGGCAGCUCACCCACAUCAACUGAACUAAAAAUUAGACCAGUGGAUUUUUUGUAGAACUUUCUUCAUAAGAGUAUAGUGAUUUUGACUUGGUCUGAUCGUUUGUUUUUGGAGAUGAUAGGCAAUUUAUAACUGGCCCAGUCAUAUCCCUCGUUGAUUACGAUUGAUGAUGAGUGUUCACUUUGCCUUGCCUGAAUUUAAAUAGAUUCCUGUAGGGAAACACAAUCGUAAACUGUUUCCUAGUGUGUACUUUUAUAAACCAUGAUUUAAAAAUUCUACGAGUCAGAAAUUAGAUCGCCUGUUGUCGGAGUUAAACCAAAAUAUCCUUUAAUCUAGUUUUAUUGUAUCUUACUCAGUGAUUUAUACGCGUAUUUAAAUUCUACAUUGAUGGAAUUUUACAUCUACCCAUGCCAAUAGAUGCUGUUUUAAAACAUGAAGGAGUAGUUUCUACGAUAAAUAUUUUACAACGUGCUAAUAAGAAAAAAUGACGACAUAUAGACUCAACCAUAGUCUUUUGGUUUAGAUAUUAAGAAAAUACACCCUGGCAAUUUGCAUUGGUAUCACAACUAUUUGAUUCUUAGCGGAUUUUAUAACAAGGGGAAAGCUACAUCCUAUACAUUCUUUGAAAUGAAAUCAAAAUGAUGUUCUCAUAACUUGCGAAGAAGUUUUCAUAGAUGAAACUUAUUAGCGUAUUGUAGCGUAAGUUUAUAUCUUUGUUUUCCAAUUUUUGCAGUUUUAUCCCUUGUGAUAGUUUUUAAAACUUUAUUUGUUUUUCCGCUAUCAACAGGGUCAAUAAAUCCAUUGAAGAUGAUAUUACAAAAGAAACUUCUAGUUA